CAAUCAAAUCCUCAAAGCCCAAACCCAACAAAUGUCGAGGCGAACGCACCUCACCGAGAUCGGAUCCAUCGCCUGCGACGAUCUCGCCGACGUCGGCGCCGGAGAGAGAGAAGGAUGGCUCUCCGAUCCCUCUCUCAUCACCGCCCUGCACUCCCAAUCUCUCGCCAUCGCCAACUUCGCUCGAUCCCUCAUCCUCGUCCUCGGCUGGGAUUCCUCCUCUCCUCUGGCCGGCCCCAUCAAGAUCCGACCCUCUCUCUCUUCCUCCGGCGGUAAGAUCAGCGCCCUCGAGUGGAUCUCCUGCGGCGAUCUCCUUGCUCUCGCCGUUGGGACUUCCGAAGGGUUUCUGCUGGUUUUCUCUGUGGAAGGUGAUCUGAUCCACAAGCAGUUUGUUCAUCCAGCAAGGAUAGCAAGGUUGAGAUUUCGCGAAAUAAUGGGCAAUUCUCUGCAAAAUGCUGAGUCGCAGGAGCUUUCUAUAGUUAUGCCUGGUGCGGUUGCACGCUUUGAUGGAUCAGAUAUCCAGAGCUUGCUCCAAAGAUGGUUUCAAGAGGCACGCUCACGAAUAUGGGAAGAUUUGAAGGAUCCAGAGGAUGAAAGCUCCUUUGGAAGAAUACCCUUUCAGCUAUGGAAUGUUGGCAAGUUCGGGUCUUCAGUUGAUGCUGCAAUUGUUGGUCUAAUGCCGCCUCCACUCUUGGAGCUUCAGUCGAAUCAGCGUUACUACUGUGCAGUUACCAUAGGAGAUGAUGCAGUUGUUUCAGCGUACAGGUUGUCAGUAGACAGGAGCAGAUCCUUGGUUGGAACUAUUCUGUCAAAGGUUUUGCCUGCAACAUUUUCAACCCUGAUAUCAUUUUCCAAAAUGAUUUGGCGGAGUGAGCAGCCAUCCACUAGAAAGUCACAUAUCACAUCUCAGCCAUUUGCCAAAGCUUCACCUUUGACAUGUUUAAAGGAUCCUCCAAGGAAGGGAGAAAAGCUAACGUUGUCUCCAAGUGGUUCGUUGGCUGCUAUAACAGACUCUCUUGGUCGUAUUCUUUUGCUGGACACUCAGGCACUUGUGGUUGUGCGAUUAUGGAAGGGAUAUCGUGAUGCUUCCUGCCUUUUUAUGGAGAUGUUGGUGGACAAAGAUAAGGCUUCAUCAAGUUCCACUUUCUAUGAACACACCAAAAGUGAUUAUUGCUUGUGUUUAGCAAUUCAUGCACCUCGGAAAGGGAUAAUUGAGGUGUGGAAGAUGAGAACUGGGCCUCGUGUCCUUACUAUUCAGUGCCCUAAAGGGUGCAGAAUUCUGCAGCCAUCGACUAGAUUUCUAUCGUCAUUCCAAUCAUCCUACGUUCCUUUGGAGGUCUUCUUGUUAAAUGGAGAUUCUGGACAGUUGUCUGUUUUGAACAGACAUAUUGGCUGAACAUAACUGCACGCUUGAUCCAGUUAAGCAAUUGUCUUCAAAUUUGCUGUUUCAUUGCAGAGCAUCCACAUUUAAGAUCUGUUCAGUAUUUGAUAAUACCUGUGUAAUUUAAAUCCGAUGUCCGUUAUGUGUCUGUCAUCUUAUGUAAGUAAAGGAGAGGGUUGAAAAAAAAUGGAAAGUGGCUUGAUAUUUCAUUUGAAUAAGUUUAUAAAGUGUUUCUUUUUUACCCCUUGUAUUGCUGAUGCUAGGCUUGAAAACCUUACAAUUGUUUUGCAUUCUCUGACGGGUACAUUUUAUUCUUCUCCCCUCAAAGUGAUAAAUUGUUGUAGGGUUAAUAUUA